GAUGGCUUGGUUCAGGGCUUUCCGCAACGAGCACGGCUUCAUGUCCUACCCGGACAACGCCACACCGGUGACGUACGACAUCCCCCUGGUGGUGGUCACCUACGUCUGCAUCCUCAUCUCAGUGGCGACGCUCAUCGCGACGCUGGGCAUACGGGGCCGAGAGGUAGACGCCUUUACAUUUUCUUUUCUUUUAAAAUAUUACUAACUUGCUCUCAGAGUAGUUAGACUACAACCCCGUCCCUCUUCCUAACCGGGCGUGCCAAAGACUUGCUUUGGGUAGGGGUAGGGUAAGGCACGUGUUUCUGUCACUUGAUAUGUCACUUGAUUGUCACUUGAUUGUCACUUGAGUGUCACUUGAGUGUCACUUGAGUGUCACUUAGAAUGUCACUUAGAAUGUCACUUAGAAUGUCACUUAGAAUGUCACUUAGAAUGUCACUUAGAAUGUCACUUCAUAUGUCGCUUCAUAUGUCGCUUCAUAUGUCACUUCAUAUGUCACUUCAUAUGUCACUUAACAUGUCACUUAACAUGUCACUUAACAUGUCACUUAAAAUGUCGCUUCAUAUGUCGCUUCAUAUGUCGCUUCAUAUGUCACUUAAAAUGUCACUUAAAAUGUCACUUAAUAUGUCACUUCAUAUGUCACUUCAUAUGUCACUUCAUAUGUCACUUAAUAUGUCACUUAAUAUGUCACUUAAUAUGUCACUUAAUAUGUCACUUAUAUGUCACUUAAUAUGUCACUUAACAUGUCACUUAAUACGUCAUUCCAAGAGGAAAACAAAAACAAUAACGUACCUUAGCUACUAUUUUUUAUUAAUCUAGACCAGCGUUCCCAAAAUGGUGGUCCGGGGGACCUGCAGCGGCCCGCGAGCCGAUAUUGCUUGGGUUUUUACGAAUUCCAAAAAAGAGGGAUGGCCUUGAAAUGUAGCGAAAGCACACCCCCCGGGCGCACCCCCCCCCCCCACCUUCCCAUUAAUGGUAACUCGACUAGAAACUUCAUACAUUUUAUUUUCAACACGCAACAGAUACUUAUAUCAUUUUAAUAUCGUUUUUUUCCAUACGAGCAAAAAGACAUCACAAUAUGACAGGUGCAUUCUCGCCUACGGCACAAAUAUGUCACACACUUACAUUUUGACCAGAUAGUUAGGGGAGAUAACUGAAAUAAAAUGUUUCUAACUUCCUUUUUGUUUGGGAAAAAAAAAAAAAAAAGAAAAAAAGAAAGAAAAUUUCCCCCAAAAUGUUCGUAAACACAAGAACCAGGACAAGACAUUCAUCAGAUAGUUAGGGGAGAUAACUGAAAUAAAAUGUUUCUAACUUCCUUUUUGUUUGGAAAAAAAAAAAAAAAGAAAAAAAGAAAGAAAAUUUCCCCCAAAAUGUUCGUAAACACAAGAACCAGGACAAGACAUUCAUGACUUGUGAUUUAAACCAGAUGGCAUGUAUGCAAAUUAUGAGGUUGGGGGGGGGCGUGGCAAUGCAUCAGUCUUGAAAGAAAUCAACAGCCAUAAAAUAGGAUACACCAGCCACAACAUGUCAUCAUGUACAACAAGCUGUUGACUGUUUAAUACGAGCAAACAUGCCGGACAAAAUAUAAAUGUACUUUCAUUACGGCAGUGCUUGGGGCGGGGGUGGGAGUGGGGCGGGGAUGGGGGUGGGGUGGCGGCUUGCUGGGGGUUGGGGUGGGGUAUUGUAUUUGAUUCCACAUUGCCUGAAGGAUAUUUGCGUUGUAGAGAAGGGCUUUUGAACGAUUACAUACAAUUAGUUAAUUUAGCGACUUGAAAUGAAAUUUAGAGAUUUGAAAUUUAGAAACUUGAAAUUUAGAGAUUUGAAAUUUAGAAACUUGAAAUUUAGAGAUUUGAAAUUUAGAAACUUGAAAUUUAAAGAUUUUAAAUUUAGAAACUUGAAAUUUAGAGAUUUGAAAUGUAAAAACUUGAAAUUUAGAGAUUUGAAAUGUAAAAACUUGAAAUUUAGAGAUUUGAAGUUUAGAAAAUUGAAAGUUGGAGACGAGAGACAUCCAGGAAUGUUCUAAUAAAGAGAUUUUUUAAUAUUUUUUUUUUAGAUACAGAUAAUUAGAGACGUGCUGUUUUGAAUUGCGGGCAAUUUAAACGAUUAGAAUAUCUUAUAUCGAUCUUUGUCAUAAAAUGUUCUAUGAAUGCAAAGCCUGAUGAUGAUGAAAUGUGUCUGUCCACAGAGAUGGUCGGCCGCAUUGAGAGCCAGCUACGCAGUCGCCAUAUGUUCUAUUCUAUUAGGUAAGAAGUGUGCCUUGUCAUUGUUCAAACCAAAAACAGAACGAUUUGAUAUUAAUGUACACGAAUAUUCAAAAGACACAAGGGGACGUAACAGUUGUGCGCGCGCGUGUGUGUGUGUGUGUGGGGGGGUAGUGGUUAGGAAAGGGGCUUAAAAAUAUCAAGUGUAAAGUGACGUCAUUUUCAAUAGUUUUUAAUUAAUGUUACUUUGUAACUUUGUCUUGCCUUUCUUCCCCCCCCCCCUCAAUUUGAUUUGAUGACGUGAUUACAGAAAUAAAUAAACACUAGAUUAAUCUCUAACCCCCCCCCCCACACCUCUCUUCAGUUUGCCUUUACGGUCACUCCUGGCAGUACGGCGAGGUCAAGAUAAGGACGCCAUACGUGUACAGGAACAACCUGCCCUUCGAAGGCCUGGUGGGUGUCAACGUGGCCCUGGACGGAGCCAACGUCACGCUGGACGGUGAGUGAGAUCACGGUUUUUUUUGGAGGUAGUUAAAAUAUUCGUAAGCCGUUAGAGAACCGCUGAGUAGACAUAGUGUUUGUGCACUUCAUACCUUGGAACAGGGACUCUCAAAAUGUUUCUUGAAUUUCAUUCCUAUAAAGUGUGCUACUGGAAUAAAUGUUUUGCUUUGUAACUUUAGAAGAUGUUAUGUUCACGCAUGGCCACCGCCAUUGUUGGACGUGCUACAUUAUAGGACAUAAAUCUACCAAUACAUCCUUUCUCUUACAUAUAUAACAAUGCAGCUUUUUGUGUGACAUGUUACCAUACUCACCAUUUGUUGUUUAUCCCCCCCCCCCACACUUUUUAGGCUAUUACUCAGGACCCAUGGGACGAGCGCACGUCCACUACACAGAGAGCAUGCCCUACACCGAUUGUAAGUGCCUAAACCUUUUUACCAUCUCCCCCCUUCCCCCCAUGUAACCUUUCACCCCAUUGUGAUUUAUCACCUUCUUUUUUUUACUGCACGGUAACCUUGAACUUGAUAUACGGAGAUAAAGAAACAAAUAGGCUGCUUUUGCCCGCAGACUAACUGACCGUUUAGCAACAAACAAAAAAUAAUGAAUAAUUUUGGGUUGUGGCCCACUUCAUCCGUCAUCCCACUCCACCCACCCACCUACAGACCCACCCACCCACCCACUUCACCGUCAUAAUUAUUAUUUGUUAAAAUGAUAAUUUUCAAAUAAAUACCAAGACUAAGUCUUUUUCUUUUCCAUCAAAAUAGUUGGUGCCAUAAAUAAAAUGUUAUAUUGCUGCGUGCACGGAAGGAAAUUUAAAAACAAAAAACACAAAAACUCAAGGUCAAAGUUGUGUGUUUGAGAAGAGUUGACAGCCCUCGAGGUGUUGUGUGAGGGGGUGGGGGGUGAGGGGGUGGGUACUUGAUGACGUUAUCAAUGUCAAUUUAAAAAAAAAAAAUGACAACGUGACGUCAUGGCAGGGGGGAAAACCAAUUUCCAAAGGGAGGUCAUCUACACUUUAACCAGAUUUGUUCGUAGGUUUCAAGUUCACAUAUCAAAUCAAAAUUCAAUGACGUCAAAAGAGGAUUUUUUUUUUCACUCCGCACUUUUAAAAAAAAAAAAAAAAAACUUGAAAUCUAAAAAACUAUAAAUUGUCUUAUAACCCUUCCUUUCUCGCUGACGGCGACAUCUCAGGUCUCAGGAAAAUCAGGCUACUGGUUAUGACACGUUACGUCACAGUUGUUUAAACUGAAUCGCGUCCCAUCUGACAUCCCUCUCGCCACUGGCGACUUGCACUGUCGUCCCGUCCCCCCUCCAAUCCCCCUCGGAGAAAAAUGUCAGGCAAGAAACAGUGUUAACUGUUAACGGACGGAUCUGAAGGAUAGAUUUUCACAUCGUAGUGGUGAUGACAUGUUUCUGGACGUGCGGAGUUCACUUUUUAAAAUCAAUUGUUUGUUUCACAUGUAAUUCACCCAGAGAUCUCCCCCUUCAUGCCCCCCCCCCCCCCCCCCCCCUCUUCAAAAAAAAAAACAACAAAAACAACAAAAGAACAACAACAAGCAUGUGAUAUCACCAACAUAACAUUUCAACCUCUUCCCCAGACGGCCAGGAGUACCAGUCGUACAACUACUUCCUGUCACGGGGUCUCCCGGCCCCAGUCCUCAAGGUCAUGGAGUUUCUGACCGUCGACGCCGGCGACCUGAGAUGGGGGCGGACCUUCCACUCGUCCGGGCAGUACGCGUACGCCCUCCUGUGGUGAGUGCAAUAGGUCACGCUGACAUCAGGGAAUAUAAAUAACGGAGUGCCGUUAGAUGGGUUUUUUUUGUUUUUUUUACACCGCAUCCGGGUAUGUUGAGAAAAUAACCAAUCGGUCCAAGUGUUACACACAUAUACACAAAAAAUUUAACAUUUCAUUUUUUAACAUAUAGGCCGGCUUUUAACAAACAGUCCCACAGACAGGCCUACACCAUACCCGUGGCUCUUUAUCGAUUAAUAUAAUGGUCGCCUUCCUCUAUAGAAAAAAAAUUAAUUGAACUGUUUAACUGAGUUCAACCUUUGCGUAUGACGCUCCCUGUGUAACAUGUGUAGUUGGGGUAAGGGCGGUUUUGAAGAGGAAGAAGGACACACCAGAAGCAAUAUAUAAGAGAUAACGCAACAAGUAAUGCAAAUUUUAAUACCAUCUAUUUCGUUACUGGAAUUCUAUUUACACACAUUUUUUAAAGACAUUAUCUUUCACUGUCGUCUGGUUGGUUUCAUCGCUAGAAUUAUUUCCUUUCAACGUUCGCCAUAGUCAUCUUUUCAAAAUCCUGUUCUCCUCUCCAUUACAGGACCGCCUUCGCCUUCUGGAUCGUAACCAACGUCCUCCUGUUCAGCGUCAUCAUCUACGGCGCCUACAUGUGCUUCCUGACUGGGCUGUGCAUGGUCCUGGCGUGCGUGGCCUACCACUGCUGUCAGAACCCGCAGCCGCUGGCCAUCGCUUUCGGCGGCUCCUACCUCAGGCUGGUGUACGGGUGGUGCUUCUGGCUGACCCUCAUCUCUGGUAGGUCAGGGUGGUGGUUCUCGGACAUGCCACCCGCCCGCCCCCCCCCCACCCCCCUCAAGGCCACACACAUUAAACAACGUGCAAAUAACAAAAAUUAAUAAUAAUAAUCACAAACUAGGACAGCGCUGUGUUCACGACCCAUACAGAAGCGCUGUGUUCACUACACAUACAGAAGCGCUGUGUUCACUACACAUACAGAAGCGCUGUGUUCACUACACAUACAGAAGCGCUGUGUUCACUACACAUACAGAAGCGCUGUGUUCACGACCUAUACAGAAGCGCUGUGUUCACUACACAUACAGAAGCGCUGUGUUCACGACCUAUACAGAAGCGCUGUGUUCACGACCUUUACAGAAGCGCUGUGUUCACGACACAUACAGAAGCGCUGUGUUUACGACACAUACAGAAAGAAUUUGUGUAUACGAAUGACUCUAAAUAAACAACAUCACUUUAAGAUGUGAGAUACAGAAAUAGUUUUGGUAGCAUGGAGUGUGUAAAAUACAGAUUCGCCCCCACCCCACUCCACACACACACACACAUCUAUACACGUACACAUUUAAAAAUGAAUAAAUAACUGUUGCAUAUUUUUCAUAGCUUAACACCCCCCCCCUCUCUCUCCCUCUUUUCCCAAAUUUUCCCCCCGCCCCGCAAAAACUCUCAUUGCUCAAAAAGUUAGACCCAACAUUAGUUCUCUUGCAAUUUUUUAAAACAAUUAUUCCAUUUUUUUUUUUUUUUAAAUUGCAAUAUUUAAGUUUAAGGACCACUUCUUUCUAUCGUUCAGGUAUCGUGACGUUACUAGUAGGUGCUAUUCUCGUCAUCCUCGAACAUUUCGCCCUGAAAUCUGUGUCCGAGUUCUUUCACCUGGAGAAAUUAAGUGACGAAGAGUUCGCAGAGGUAUGUAGCCCCUUGUUAGUGUGAGAAUCCUUGUCAGCCUUUAUUAUUUUAUUUUUAAUUAAAACUUUGUUUUUGGUUUUAAAUAUGAUUAAUUAGUUCCCCCGACUCUCGACCCACCCCCACCACUACCCAACCACCACGGCACCCCCACCCCCAUCACCCCCCCCCCAACACCCUACUGAAAAUAAGAAAAAGGGGUCCUUAGAAUAAAACGAAGUUCAGUGUUCUAGUUAAAUAGAGACCCCCUUACUUGAGACCCCCUUGCUUUUACUGUGGAGAUGAUCGUGACAUAUCCGCAUUAGCUGUUAAGCAUUGAUGGGUAAAUCCGUCACCAUCCCUCCGCCAUCAUAACAAGAUGGGGCGCCAUCAUAACAAGAUGGGGCGCCAUCAUAACAAGAUGGGGCGCCAUCAUAACAAGAUGGGGCAGCUUCUUGUAGAGACCUUAGCGGCCCCCCCCCCCACUAAUGUUGUGCAACAAGAUCGCGUGGAUACCUCACACAGAAUUAUCAGCCAAAGGUUUAGGAAAGCGGGGACAUUUCUUUGUUAUAACAAAUCUAAAAAGAUGAAGAGUGUUUUGAAAACAUGGCCAGAAAAACAAAGAGACUCAGAAGCUAUCAUUUCGACCGACAUACAUGAUCUAUAUACACACUAGGUAUAUUUUUUAUUUGAGUUUUUAUGUGGGACAGCAUACCUGAAAACCGAAUCUCGUAUGGUAAUUUUAUUUGACAUAUUUCUUAUUGCAUUUCUUUCCUCCACAUUCCAUUUUCUGUUCCCCCCAAAUAAUUGUCUCUGUUCACCCUUGUGUCCAGUGCGAAGACCUAAGGGGCAGCAACCCGAACCUUCUGAUGGACAGGCGGGGGUCCAUCGUCCCACCGACCUCUGAGCGCCGGGGCAGCAUCUUCCUGGACCCGAGCCGGAAGGCGAGCUGGUUCGGCGACAACCUCCUCCAGAAGAGCAUCAGCUUCGGCGACCUGACCGGGGUGGGCAAACACGCGAAGGACGAGACGGGCAGCUCGAAGAUCAACCCGGUGUUCAGAGCAGACGACAAGGUAAUGGACGCCGACGGACUUAGCGUUUGACCCUUUGCUUUCUUUGUUUUCGCUGGUCAUUUCAUUGAAAAGUAGUUGUAGGCAAUUGGGAAGGUUGGAAAAUAAAAAGUGAUAUCCUCUUUUUGACAAAUAAUAUGAACAAUAGAAUAAUAUGAACAAUAGAAUAAUAUGAACAAUAGAAUAAUAUGAACAAUAGAAUAAUAUGAACAAUAGAAUAAUAUGAACAAUAGAAUAAUAUGAACAAUAGAAUAAUAUGAACAAUAUGAUAAUAUGAACAUUAAUAUGACAAAAUAUGCUGAAUAUCAAACGGUUAAAAUUCUUUGAGUAGAAGUUUAGAUUUAAAUUUUUGUUGUUGUUGUGGGAGGAUUCGCAUGUGCUAUCAGAAUAAAUAGCAAUCAGAAUUUAGACAUAUUAUGCAUACAUACAAUUGUAUCUAACAUUUUAAAUUUAUUUUUUAAAUCUUUAAAACGUGAAUCCAGUGUUCAUUAAAAAAAAAUAGCGUUUACAAAAUUAAUGUAAACGCAUAAAGAUUUUUUUAAAAAAAAUAAUAAUUUUACGUUAAAAAUGAGAUGCUACAUUGCUCUGGAAUAUGCUUAGUUUUCUGCAUACCCUUUAAAAAAACAAAAACAACAACAACCAAAUCUUUGAAUCGUAUGUUAUAUGUGUUGUCCAUAAUGUCACCCCAACAGACCAGAAGCCUCAAGUCAGACGCGGUGCGGAUAGACAUGGAGUGUCUGUGUGAAGACACCGAAGUCUGCCUCAGCACCAAGAAACCGUCUCUGGCCACGCUCAAGGAACACCGCGAGAAUCACGCCAACGAGAAGAUCUCGUCAGCCGGAAGUAAGUUCACGGCCGUCUGGUAGCGUUGGUCACGUGCGUUUAAAAUCCGCAGCUGAAUGCGUUCAGUGAGUUUCAAAUUGUAAAAAUAAAUACAAUAUGAAUUAUUUGACCCCGUAAAGAACAUUAGGGCAUAUUUUUUUAUUUUUUACUAUAACACUGGUUUUUAUUAUCAUCCUUUCAUUAUUGGUUCAAAUUAAAACUACAACUUAUUCAAACCUGACCAAAAAAAAAAAAAGAAGAAAGAAAAGAAAACCGACUUAAUAAAUACUGGCAAAUGUACCCGUGCUUCACUACGUGCAUUUAUAAAUGUAGAUCUUUUUUUGUAUUUUAUUUUAAGUGCGGACCAGUUUCACGAAAAUAAAAUACCUCAAAAUCAAAUGUUUCGCGCCAAAAAUAAUUCGCAAAUGUAACCAGUCUUAAUUGUAUUUUCUAUGGUCUAUUUCUAUGCUCUAAAAUUCUAAUAGUAAUAGUCAUGUUGAAAAAAAAAUUAUAAUAAUAUUAAUUGGAAGUCCAUUUAUUUAACAAUUUUAAAAUAAAUUCAAACCUUUGAAGAGGUCGCGAGACUAAAUCCAACAAUUCGUAGUCGUGAGGAGAGCUGAACAUAGAAAGGGUUUGGGAAUCCAUGUACUGACUAAAUCUUGAUUAUUUCUGUUAUUUCCCGUCAUUCUAGGCUCGAUGAUGGGCGCCACCAGCGCCGGCCACCUCUCCUCAAGCGGCGCCUGCCACACGCCCAAGAGCGCCCGCGUCCACUUCACCCAGCCGGCGGGCAUCCUGAGGCGCGCCUCCGAGGGCGACCUCCUCGCCACGGAGCCCAAGCGGGCGCGCCAGGUCUCGGAGUGCUCCUACGGGUUCGAGUCCGAGGACGAACCCGGGACGCAGGCCACGCCCCAGCACGCGGCGUACUCGCGGCAGAGCUCCUCCCAGAGCUCCGACAGCGUGGGCCACGCCUCUUUGGAGUCGGCCCACAGCGGGGCGUCCUUCGGUGACGACAAACUUGGGCGCGGAAGCGUCUCCGGUGAUUCUAAAACCAGCCCCAGUGAUCACAACGAAAAAGCCGAGGUGUACGUCAACGUCGAGCUCAGCUGAUGAGCAGUGAAUCUUGUAGCCGGUAAUUCCAAUUUUAAGGACAUUUUUCGCUUUGACAAAAUAUAAAACUUAAAAAAAAUUUUUUUUUAAAUAAAUAAGUAGUAUUAGUAUUAGCGAGUUAACAAAAAAACAAAAACAAAAUCAUUUCAUUAUCAUAGUUGCCUUUUACCUAUUUUAUUUUGGUUCAUAUAUUUAAAUUUAAAGAUUGUUUACAACACAAUUCUUUAAACAUUUUUUUGUGUGAAUAUUUAGUGCAUUUAAAAAACGCAGUAGACAGGCAGGAUUAUCCGGGUUAGCAGACUGGCAGGAUUAUUUGCAUGGGGGAGUAGACAGCAGGAUUAUUCGGGGGAGUAGACAGGCAAGAUUAUUUGGGGGAGUAGACAGGCAGGAUUAUUCGGGGGAGUAGACAGGCAGGAAGAUUCGGGGGAGUCGAAAGGCUGGAUUAUCCAGGGUAUUUGAAGGGGUUAUUCUCAUCCGGAAAACCUUAAUGCGGGUUAAUCCCGGCUUAUCCAACGGCUUAUCCAACGGCUUACCCACCGGCACGGAGAAGAAGUGUUUAUGUUACACUUAUCAUGGGUGACUGACAGUUUGACAGAUGGUCAAGCUUGGUGUCCCCGUGUGUCAGCUAGGUCGGCAAUGUCAGCAAUGACAGUUUGUUUCACCUGAGGCCAGGUGUCAAUAUGAUAUUAAAACACACCAAAAAAAAACCCCACGAUAUUUUGGAUGUGAUAUGAAGUUGACAAAUCAAGACUCCACUCAACUCUACCUGUAAACAUCUCUUUCUUUGUUGACAGUUUAUUCGCCAAUAUCAAAUUGUGUCUAUCCAGGGCAAAAAAAAAAUCCCAGUUAAUCCAUAAUCCAAACUGCCCAGCCCAACUGGUUAAUCCACUGGAUAAUCCGUAAACCAGUCUGUCUACUGCAUUUUUAAUGAAAAUAAAAUCAUAUAUUAUGGUAGUUAUACAUAGUGUACAUAUGCACAUAUCAUUCUCCGCAUGUCGCCAUGGGUCAUAAUGUCUUUCAGUUUGGGAAAGGUUCACUUUUCCAAUCAAUCAAUAGAACUAUAUCGAUAAUAUAGACUAAUUGGUUUCAUACAUUUGCCAUUGA